AUGGUAGAAGACAAUGUAGACAACUCGACGCAGCUGACAUCCAGUUGUUCAAGCUAUGAAGUGCCUGGCUCAGCUGGUGGCAGUAAUGGAUUGGCCCNAAGUCCAGGCGCAAGCAGAGGAAAUCCUGGCCCUAGCUCAUUAGGCUUUUGUGUGAGGAAUGACGAAGGUGAUGUGGCGUAUGCAAGGGCAAUAGACCUGGGAGUGAUAACUAAUGUGGUGGCUGAAGCUAAGGCUAUUCUUCAAGGAUUGAAAUACUGUGUAGAGCAUGAUCUUCACCCUCUCAUAUUGGAGACUGAUUCAUUAGUGAUGAAGAAAGUGAUAGAAGGGGAAUGGGAUCCUCCAUGGGUAAUUGCAAAUGAUGUGAAGAAAAUUAGAGAGAUGAAGGGCAACUUCAAUGUGAUCUUUCAAGAUGUGUUCAGAGAAGGCAACUCGGUGGCGGAUUUUAUAGCUAACAUUGUUUUUUCUUUUGCAGGUACAUCUGAGUUUCACUCAUUCUCUGAACUGCCUAGUGCAGGAGGAGGUUGA